ACGAGUGAAGGAGCAACAGGCUGAUUAAAGCAGGAAAUAUUCACUAAAAAGUCAAAUCGAUUCAUUUUAUAUUUCUCAGGAUUUUUUGGGUCUAAAUUCUGCACGUGGUGGAUCUUCAAGUCUCAGGUGUCUGAAGGUUGAUGCCACUGUGUUUGACAGAAUGUGGAGAAAUACUACAGUAGCAGCAAUGCUCAUGUUACUGACAGGAAUUCAAGCACAGCCCAGUAUAACUUUCUCCUCUCAGAUUCUCUGUGCUGUUACUGAAUCUACAGUAAAAAUCCCCUGUACAUUUACAACACCUGGUUACUCCAAUGUCACACAGACAGAGUGGUAUCGGGUCCAGAGCUCUGAAGGAGAAACUCAAGACCUGAGGAAAGACCCACAAUACUCAGGACGAGUGUCUGUAAGCUCCUGGUGGUCUUCCUCUGAGCUAACAGUGAGGAACGUGAGAGUGAGUGACUCUGGAGUUUAUAACUUCAGAUUUAAAACACGGAGCAGUGACUGGAUAUCAGCCUCAUCUGGAGUUCUUCUGACUGUUACAGAUCUGCAGGUGAAGGUGGAUCCUGACACUGUAGGACAGAGACAAGUGAAAGUGACCUGUAGCUCCACCUGCAGCCUCAACACAUACGGAUUUUACUGGUACAAGAAUAACAGAUAUCUCUUGGCUACCAGUGAGGCCUCCAUUGUGCUUGACUCAAGCAAUCAAUAUCAUGAAGGCAGCUACUCCUGUAAGGUGGAUGAGAGUAACCACCGCUCUCCUCCAGUGUGUGUACUGGGUAAAGAGUGUUGGGGUGUGACUUACACUCCUGAACAUGUUUGUGCUCUGAAAGGCACAUCGAUUGAUGUCUCCUGCUCUUAUAAACUCCCUGCAGGCCACAGAGUGAUUAAAUCAGUGUGGUUUAUUAAAGAGCAGGCCGAUGGUGAGGCUGUGGAUGUGAGAGAGGAUGAGGAGUAUCGGGGCCGAGUGCAGUACACACACAGCUCCCAGAAUAACUGUAGUCUGAGAAUCACUAACCUGAGAGAGAGAGACGCUCAAACAUUCAGAUUCAGAUUCUACACUGAUGGGGGAAAAUUCACCGGCCAACCUGGAGUUUCUCUGUCUGUCACAGAUCUGAAGGUUGCAGUAUCAGCCACGAGUGACCAGGACAUAAAGCUGAGCUGUUCCACCACCUGCACUCUGUCUAACAACCUCACUUACAUCUGGUACAAGAACAGACAGCGUGUGUCUGAGUGUAAAUCUGCCUCCUGCUCUGUAGCUGCAGUCAGUGGUGUGGUCAGUUACAGCUGUGCUGUUGAAGGCCAUGACAGUCUCCUCUCUCCUCCAGUGUAUUCUCCGAAAAACACCAGAGCAAUGGAUCUUUCCUUUGGAGACACAGUGGAUGAGGAUUCAGUGACACUGAGCUGUAGCAGUGAUGCAAACCCUUCUGUUCUCAACUACUCCUGGUUUAAGCAGAGAGCAGCUGGUGAUACACUGUUAACAACAGGCCAGAAUUACAGCAUCAGCAAGAUCAGCUCCCAGGACAGAGGACUGUACUACUGCACUGCUCACAAUCAGCUGGGGCUCGACAACUCUACACCAAUACACCUGGAUGUGUUGGCUGAUGUGUGGAAGUUGCAUGCUGUAUGGGGAGCGGCUGCACUCGUUCCUGCUCUCCUUCUUUCUCUUCUUACUGCCGUUCUGUGCAUCAAGAGGAAGAGACAAGCAGAAAGAGACACAGAUGUUCAGCGUAUUCCAUUGCCUGGAGAUGACAUGUACAUAGAAAUGAACUCCAGGACUGUGUCCCCAGAUUAUGACACACUGGAAAAUGUUAAAAGUUUUGACAGUGAGACUUACACAACCCUGAACCCUGCAACCAUGUCCUCUGAUUAUGACACGCUGACGGGAAGUCUGAGGAAAUAUUCACUAAAAAGUCAAAUCGAUUCAUUUUAUAUUUCUCAGGAUUUUUUGGGGCUAAAUUCUGCACGUGGUGGAUCUUCAAGUCUCAGGUGUCUGAAGGUUGAUGCCACUGUGUUUGACAGAAUGUGGAGAAAUACUACAGUAGCAGCAAUGCUCAUGUUACUGACAGGAAUUCAAGCACAGCCCAGUAUAUCUUUCUCCUCUCAGAGUCUCUGUGCUGUUACUGAAUCUACAGUAAAAAUCCCCUGUACAUUUACAACACCUGGUUACUCUAGUGUCACACAGACAGAGUGGUAUCGGGUCCAGAGCUCUGAAGGAGAAGCACAAGACCUGAGGAAAGACCCACAAUACUCAGGACGAGUGUCUGUAAGCUCCUGGUGGUCUUCCUCUGAGCUGACAGUGAGCAACGUGAGAGUGAGUGACACUGGAGUUUAUAACUUCAGAUUUAAAACACGGAGCAGUGACUGGAUAUCAGCCUCAUCUGGAGUUCUUCUGACUGUUACAGAUCUGCAGGUGAAGGUGGAUCCUGACACUGUAGGACAGAGACAAGUGAAAGUGACCUGUAACUCCACCUGCAGCCUCAACACAUACAGAUUUUACUGGUACAAGAAUAACGGAUAUCUCUUGGCUACCAGUGAGGCCUUCAUUGGGCUUGACUCAAGCAAUCAAUAUCAUGAAGGCAGCUACUCCUGUAAGGUGGAUGAGAGUAACCACCGCUCUCCUCCAGUGUGUGUACUGGGUAAAGAGUGUUGGGGUGUGACUUACACUCCUGAACAUGUUUGUGCUCUGAAAGGCACAUCGAUUGAUGUCUCCUGCUCUUAUAAACUCCCUGCAGGCCACAGAGUGAUUAAAUCAGUGUGGUUUAUUAAAGAGCAGGCCGAUGGUGAGGCUGUGGAUGUGAGAGAGGAUGAGGAGUAUCGGGGCCGAGUGCAGUACACACACAGCUCCCAGAAUAACUGGAGUCUGAGAAUCACUAACCUGAGAGAGAGAGAUGCUCAAACAUACAGAUUCAGAUUCUACACUGACGGGGGAAAAUUCACCGGCCAACCUGGAGUUUCUCUGUCUGUCACAGAUCUGAAGGUUACAGUAUCAGCCGCGAGUGACCAGGACAUAAAGCUGACCUGUUCCACCACCUGCACUCUGUCUAACAACCUCACUUACAUCUGGUACAAGAACAGACGGCGUGUGUCUGAGUGUAAAUCUGCCUCCUGCUCUGUAGCUGCAGUCAGUGGUGCGGUCAGUUACAGCUGUGCUGUUGAAGGCCAUGACAGUCUCCUCUCUCCUCCAGUGUAUUCUCCGAAAAACACCAGAGCAAUGGAUCUUUCCUUUGGAGACACAGUGGAUGAGGAUUCAGUGACACUGAGCUGUAGCAGUGAUGCAAACCCUUCUGUUCUCAACUACUCCUGGUUUAAGCGGAGAGCAGCUGGUGAUACACUGUUAACAACAGGCCAGAAUUACAGCAUCAGCAACAUCAGCUCCCAGGACAGAGGACUGUACUACUGCACUGCUCACAAUCAGCUGGGGCUCGACAACUCUACACCAAUACACCUGGAUGUGUUGGCUGAUGUGUGGAAGCUGCAUGCUGUAUGGGGAGCGGCUGCACUCGUUCCUGCUCUCCUUCUUUCUCUUCUUACUGCCGUUCUGUGCAUCAAGAGGAAGAGACAAGCAGAAAGAGACACAGAUAUUCAGCGUAUUCCAUUGCCUGGAGAUGACAUGUACAUAGAAAUGAACUCCAGGACUGUGUCCCCAGAUUAUGACACACUGGAAAAUGUUAAAAGUUUUGACAGUGAGACUUACACAACCCUGAACCCUGCAACCAUGUCCUCUGAUUAUGACACGCUGACGGGUAUAGCUACCUGACUCAGUGAGGAGAAGUUCUCCAGAACUGGGGAAUGAUGACUAACAGUAGAUUUUGGUUAGUGAUGGGUGUGGAACGAUAUAUCAUGGGACGAUAAAUCACGAUAGAAAUUUGAUGAUGAUUUCAAAUUGAUGAAAUAAAAAAUGAAGCACUAUUAUCAUCAGCCUGCGUAAUCUCUUAGUUUUUCCGAACUGUAAUUGCACUAUUUAGACAGCAGUGGGUCCAAGAAUGUACAGUAGUGACAAUACAGGUGACUUCACUAUCGGUGGAAGCAGUGUUGUUGUUGAGUCACUAAACCUAGAGUCCGAGUCCAGUUUCGAGUCCCCAGUUUUCAAGUCCAAGUCAUGAAAAAAUUUUUAGUCCGAGAACAAGACUCCAACCGCACCGUUUGAUGGUGGCUGUUUUAGCGCCAUUAGCAUUAGUUUGUUCCUGAACGUGAUGUAUGAACAGGCAAAUGUGAAACAGGUUGGGAGAUGGACAUAAGUGUAGAAGGUGUGUUUAUUAAUACAAGUGAAGACCGGUAAACAAUCCAGAAUGGCAGGCAAAAUCGUAAAACAGGGAAACGGGCAAGAGGACGAGCGAGGCACAAACAGGCUAUCGUAGACUCGGCAGAAUCAAAGACGAGAAACAGGAAAUCAGGGAUCAGGAACCCAAACAAGGAAAUAAGGCUCGGUAACAUGUCAGCAAUGCAACUCAAUACUUCGCAAAGUAAGUGCAUUUUCACUAUUUUUAUAUAGGCGCGCUAAUUGCGCCCUAAUCCCGUGUAGGUGCAAGUCAUUUAUGGCGCAUGCACGAGAGUCCACUUGACGCGCGUGCUAUCCGAAGCGUGCCUGAAAGUCUAUCUGAUGCACGUGCCAAGGCACGCAGGUGUGACAGUCUUGCAUGAAAUUAGUACAAAAAUUAAUAUAGAUAUAAAUAUCUUAUGCCAAAUUAUUAUGGCAUGUUACAAAAAAUAAAGAAAAAAAAAUUCGAGUCCUCGUCUCCAAUUUACGAGUCCGAAUGCAGUUAAUACAUGAGUCCGAGUCACCGGUGCUCAAGUCCAAGUUGAGUCACAAGUUCUUAAAAUUAGGGCACGAGUCAGACUUGAAUUUCUCAGUUGUCUUUUUGCAUAUUUAAUGUGUUAUACAUACACACACUCACUCUCUCUCACACUCACUCUCUCUCACACACACACACACACACACACACACACACACACUUAGAUUAUAUGUAUAAUAUAUAUAAACAAGUGUAGUGGCCUGGGAUUAUCCUUCACAUUUACUCCGAUAUCUCGCGCUCCAGCUUUUUCUCAUCAUUGUCUCUUCAUUUGCUUGAUCUCUGUUCACACUGACAUCAGUUGAUAAUCACUUUGUUAAUCACUUGUUUAACAAAUUAUCACUUUAUCUGCUAUUCUCUAAUCCUAUGUGUUUUUUUUCAUAUGUUGUAAAAAGCUGUUUGAUGAUGAUGAUGAGAACCGAUAAUGUAGGAAAGAAAACCAACCUCCAUCAAGAUGAAUUCCACUGUUGGAUCUGUUACUGUACAAAGUUCAAAAUUUUUCUAUGUGCAAGAAUAAAAUUGAGCUUCUGAGCUUUUA